GCACAAAGGGGAAUUUUCACUUCUUCAAAUUAAGAUGGGGAGGGAGGGCCGCGCGCCGCAGGGACUGUGAGUAGAGCCGCUGCCUCUUGCGCACGUCGGAGGGAAUAGGUUGAUGGCCGCUGCACCACAGGUAGCUGUGCCGGCGGGAGCAGCUCAGGGAAAACGGUUGCCUCGGCGUUGGGGCUUGCCGUGCGGCUCCGACAGGAGCAGCUUCAGGGCCGACGGUCCGCGGCACGCUGGAGGUCGCCUCCGGACCGGGGCUUGCCGCGCGGCACCGACCAGAUCAACUUCAGGGCCGGCGGUCACCAACGCACUGGGGCUCGCCAUGUCGCGUCGCCGGAUGGCCGCGACCUGUCGGAAGGGCGGGAUUGCCGCCGCUCCCGUGGACAGCCCGUGGCGUGAUUUCCAGAUCUACAACUAUUCCGGAAAGGUCGAAGUCAGGAUAAGGAAGAAGCCAGUACCUUGUUGCGUCGAGGACGACCUGUGAGAAGGAUAUGCAAUGGCAUCAAGAGAAGAUACCAUCUUGGCACACCAGAAUCGACAAACUACUCAGCAAGAAUCUGGAAUUGAUACAUCAAGUUAUCUGAAUGGGGCUCCAACUUUAUCCUCAGGGCGAGACAACACUCAAGCACGAAGGGUGACAAGAGGCUCUGUAUCAUCGUCAAGGGACGAUACCAUCAUUGCGUACAAGAAUCAGCAGAGCAGACAACCAACAUCAGCAAAUGACAUGACAAAUACUGUACAACAAAGUAACGCUACGGAAAGCCCCACAGACCAGUCCAAUUGGCCGUCGCAUGCACGCCGACAUCGUACAGAAGCGGAUAUAGAAAGUGGUGGUCAAAAGAAGAAGGGGCGAGGUGUCCUCAAAGGAAUCACGGUCGCCAAGAAGCGAUUCGCCAAUGGUUCCUCAAAGCUUCACAUUGAAUUUUCCAAAACAUUAGGAGGUUCUAUCGGAGAGAACUAUCGUUUGUUUGUGGAUGACGUGGUGGUUUACAUGAAAAGGAAGGCACCACUCAUUGGUGUGAACAAGUGGUCUGCCAUUGAUUCUUCUGUGAAGGAUUCAAUCGUUGCUGAUGUCAUUGCUAAGUGGGAUUUGGAGGACACAUAUUCUACGAAGGGAAAAAUACUAACAAUUGCUAGAGAGCGCUAUAGAGGAUGGCGGUCAACUUUGCAUUCAACAUACAAAGCAUACAGUACUGAUGCUCAAAGAAGGGCCAAUAAACCCGAGGAUGUAACUCCAGAGGAGUGGGAUUAUAUGAUCAAUUAUUUUGGCACUGAUUUAAAAUUCCAGGAGCUUAGCCGAAAAAAUACGGAAAAUCGCCAGAAGCAAAAGGCGAGGCAUAUAGCUGGUUCAAAAUCGUACUCGCAGAUUAGCUAUGAGAAGAGGGAUGAGGAGACUGGGAAGGAACCAACUAUUCUUCAACUUUGGCAGAUCACUCAUACACGAAAUGGAUCGUGGUCUAAUGAAGAAUCACAGACUGUUUAUGACAAUGCACGCAUCCAGAUUAGGGAGAAAGAAGGAGAGAUUGGUGGUCCAAUUUCAAGUGAAGAGCAAAACAAUAUUUUCCAGAAUAGCUACAGAUCUACUAUGGAAAGUACAUCAUUCAAGCCUCGUGGCCGAGGAUACAUGGCUAAGCCGCCUAGCGGUUCUGAAAGACUACAUUCUGAAAUCCAGAGGCAAAAUGCUGAGCUAACCCUCGAGGUUCAUGACUUAAGGAGGCAAAUUGUUGAACAACAGGCAGAGAGGCAAAGAGAACGAGAAGAAGAGCGAGUUGCCAGGGAAAAACAUCUUGAGGAGGAACGUGUAGCAAGGCAGAGAGAACUUGAGGAGGCUAAGCAAGCAAUGAUGCAUGAUAUUAUGAAUGAGGUUAGGCAAUCAAUGAGGUCGGAUGUUGAGCAGAUAUUGGGAACUCGACAGGAAGACGCACAUCAGUUUUCCCAAGCAAGGGACGCUCCAAGAAACGGAACUGGAAAUCGGUCAAGUUCUCUGUUUAAAAAUUCGACCAUGAUUACUCAACACCAGCUUAUGCAAGCAGCUAAACACCAUCGUCGUCCUCCAAGUGAAAAGGAUGGUUUUCUCUAAAUGAAGAAGAAAGAUCCCAACAAGAUUUAUUACCAGUUUAGGAGGCACCUUGUAGGACGAUUUUUCUACAUGAAGUGAAGAAAAGUGAUUUCUUGAAGAAUGCUUGUUGACUAGAUGAAGUCAUAUGUAUCUUGUUUGUUUGAACAUUUAGAUUUCCUUCCAGACUUUGUAGAACAUGUAUCUGACUUGGAUGUUUUAUUCUUGAACUUGUUAAUUAAUGAAUGAAUGCUUUGGACAUGUACUCAUGAUUUUCUUCUACCAUUAUCAACAUGUGAGCGUUGUUCUGUACUUGUAGAUGGUGCUUGGAUAAUGCAUUAUUAGUCUAAUAUAUACUACAUGCAAUAGGUUAUC